UGCGUUUUAGUGGGAAAAACGCUGACGUGGCAUUAGUCAACCGGGAUUGACCUUACUUGCGGGCCAGCCAGUGGUUACUGAAGCAGAGCACGGCGCUAGACUGGGAAAUUUGGGGAGGGAGAAGCUAGGGUUAGCGGCGGCAGGGGAGACGGGCACAGAGCACGGCGACGGCAGGGGCGACGGGGCGCAGAGCGGCGGCGCCGCGAUGUCGUGGACUUCCGGGGCUUCUUCCGCCCCCGGCUUCCGUCGCGCCAGUGGAAGGAGGGACAUGGAUUCGAGGUCUCCGGUCGCUUACAGGGAGAGCCCAAUGGCGUACGAGCCGCCAAAGUUGUGCCACUGCAGACAGCCACGGAAGGCGCCGAGAUGGAUCUCAUGGAGCCGUCAAAAUCCCGGCAGGAGGUACUACGCGUGCGUAGAUGCAAUGCAUGGUGGAUGUGGCUAUGUGGAGUGGCAUGAUGAUCCUUUGCCCAAGUUUUUUAGUGACUUGAUUGGAGAUUUGAGAGAUGAGGUGUGGAGGCUAAAGGGUCAAAGAUCUGUGGUUCAGACUGAAGAGGAGUGCCCAAAUGUGCUUAUGCCUGGACAUGAUGUAUCAAGGGUUAUGGCUCUUGAGCUUGAGUUAAAGGAGAGGAAUGCAGAGCUGGAAGCAAUGAACGGGAAAUAUAGGAAUGUGGUGAUGGUUUUCAUUGUGUUUGUGGUGGGUGUAGUUGUUGGAAAAAUGCUAGUGUACUGAAUGUCAGUUUGGCAAGUGAAGUUAGUAUGCACUGUAGUCAUUUUGAAGUUAGUAUGCAAUGGUUUGUAAUGGAAUUUGUGAUCUGGGUUGUUAUGUAUGAACAUGUGUUCUGGCAGUCAAUGAAAAUCAAGCUAUAUAAUUCUGUCAAUUUGACUGGUAUAUUUGCUGCCAUUUGGAAUGUAUGCUAU